UGGACAAGAAAUUUGAAUAUUCUCUCUCCUGGCUUUUUGCUUUAGAAUGAGAAGACUGCAGGUAUGAAUCUGUCAAAGUGGACUGCCAGCUGCCGAUCUCGCUGUUGACAGUAAAAGCAGAUAUGUUCCUUGCUCACUGCCAUUAGUACUGACCAUGACCCUUCACACCAAAACCUCUGGAGUUACCCUGCUGCACCAGAUUCAAGGCACUGAACUGGAGACACUGAGCAGACCUCAGCUGAAGAUUCCCCUGGAAAGAUCGCUCAGCGACAUGUACGUGGAGACCAACAAGACAGGAGUUUUUAACUACCCAGAAGGAGCCACCUAUGAUUUUGGUACUGCGGCUCCCGUCUACAGCUCUACUACGCUCAGUUAUGCCCCUUCUUCUGAAUCUUUUGGGUCCAGCAGUCUGGCAGGAUUUCACUCACUGAACAGUGUCCCACCAAGCCCGGUGGUGUUCCUGCAAACGGCACCCCAGCUCUCGCCCUUCAUCCAUCAUCACAGCCAACAGGUACCCUAUUACCUUGAAAACGAUCAGGGCAGCUUUGGGAUGAGGGAAGCUGCUCCUCCAGCCUUCUACAGGCCGAGCUCUGAUAACAGGCGCCACGGCAUCCGGGAGAGGAUGUCCAGUACCACGGAGAAGGGGAGCCUGUCCAUGGAGUCCACCAAGGAAACCCGGUACUGCGCCGUCUGCAACGACUACGCCUCAGGCUACCACUACGGGGUCUGGUCCUGCGAGGGCUGCAAAGCCUUCUUCAAAAGGAGUAUUCAAGGGCACAAUGACUACAUGUGUCCUGCUACAAACCAGUGCACCAUUGACAAGAACAGAAGGAAGAGCUGCCAGGCCUGCCGACUGAGAAAAUGCUAUGAAGUGGGAAUGAUGAAAGGUGGAAUCCGGAAAGACCGCAGAGGUGGGCGAGUGAUGAAACAAAAACGCCAAAGAGAGGAGCAGGAUUCCAGGAAUGGGGAGGCUUCUUCAACAGAGCUGCGAGCUCCCACCCUUUGGACAAGUCCACUGGUGGUUAAACAUAACAAGAAGAACAGCCCAGCCCUGUCUCUGACGGCAGAACAGAUGGUCAGUGCCUUGCUGGAAGCUGAGCCACCCCUAGUUUAUUCUGAAUAUGACCCAAACAGACCAUUCAAUGAAGCUUCUAUGAUGACCCUGUUGACCAACCUUGCAGACAGAGAAUUAGUGCACAUGAUCAACUGGGCAAAGAGAGUUCCAGGAUUUGUGGAUUUAACACUCCAUGAUCAGGUCCAUCUACUGGAAUGUGCCUGGUUAGAGAUACUGAUGAUCGGCUUAGUCUGGCGCUCCAUGGAACACCCAGGAAAGCUUUUGUUUGCACCUAACCUGUUACUGGACAGGAAUCAAGGGAAAUGUGUAGAGGGCAUGGUGGAAAUCUUUGACAUGCUGCUGGCUACUGCUGCUCGGUUUCGCAUGAUGAACCUCCAAGGGGAGGAAUUCGUGUGCCUUAAGUCCAUCAUCCUGCUCAAUUCUGGUGUGUACACUUUUCUUUCCAGCACCUUGAAAUCUCUGGAAGAGAAAGACUAUAUUCACCGUGUCCUGGACAAAAUCACAGACACUCUGAUACACUUAAUGGCCAAGUCAGGUCUUUCUCUGCAGCAGCAACACAGACGACUGGCUCAGCUCCUCCUCAUCCUCUCUCACAUCAGACACAUGAGCAACAAAGGAAUGGAGCACCUGUACAAUAUGAAGUGUAAAAACGUAGUUCCACUCUACGAUCUCUUGCUGGAGAUGCUGGACGCUCACCGACUGCACGCCCCAGCAGCCAGGAGUGCUGCACCCAUGGAAGAGGAAAACCGAAGCCAGCUGACAACUGCAUCAGCUUCAUCUCAUUCCUUGCAGUCUUUUUAUGUAAACAGCAAAGAAGAGGAGAAUGUGCAGAAUACAAUAUAAACAGAAGUCAGCAUAUACAGUGGUAUGAGAAACCCAGCAGUGUUCUACCUAGCUCAUGCUUCAUUUCGCCUUUGAAAACACUCCAGUGACAACAGACACCAGCAUUUUCCAUAUGAGUGUUUGUCAAGCGCUUGCCUAAAUUGAUUGCUUAUCCUAAGUGGAAGACAUUUCAUUGCCAUGGAUAGCCAGCAAGGAUUGUCUGGCUAACCUGAUUAAAAAUUCGCAGUGUUUUUAUUUAAUUUUGCAUGUUAUUUGGGUAACUAAGUCCUAAUCUAAACCAUACAUUCAUUUUACCAUAAAUCAAUAGGCCAUACCACCCAUGCAUCUUGGUAUCUUCAUGAGUAGUAGUCUUUGUUAAUAUCCACCCAAAAUCCUGAGCUCGCUUAAUCCUUUACUUGCUUGAAACUUUGAAGCAGUUUGGUAGAGAUUCUGGAUGACUUCUUUGGCAGUGGAAACAGAAAGUUGACUGGCAUCUUAGUGUGCCAUAGGGAAGCUGCACUGCGAGGGACUGCCGUGGUAGUUUAGUUAGAUUCCUGCCACUUUUCUUCCUACAGUGUAAAGGAACUGAGGAUUACUUUACCUCGCUGGCUUACAUCACCAGACAACUCUCUCUCAAGCUCAUUCUGACCAAACUUUUAGUACCCUUACCAUAUCCUCUAGAUUAAUUGCUUUGCAUGCAUGCUCUCUUGUCUGAUCCUAGAAAGCUAAAUUGUUUUGUUGCCCAAGACUGUAAAUCCAGGGCAACAUGGAAAACAGAGAUUACAUAGAGAAUUACUCUUGAAUCAGACCAGAUGAUUACAAAAAUCAUCAGGUCUUAAAAAAAAGUCUACACACACAUACAGGAUCUAGCACUAUUUACAAAAAGUCCCUCCCCCUAUCCUGUGCUUUGUUGCUUUGUGCUGUCACAAAGCAAGGGGUGAGGAUGCCAGUGUGAGACUGGCACAGAAGGGUAGGAUGGUCCCAUCCCACUCAGCAGAGUGUGGUCUAGCUGUGUGUGGGAGGGCUAGUAUCACAGUCAGAGCAGCAGGUUUUUCUUGCCUUGGCUUUCUUUGGCUCUUGUUGCAGCAUGUUUCAAUAUCAAUUGAUAUUAUCAAUUUCAAUAAGAGCCAGCUCACCUGUGACACCAAAACUGUGCAGUGAGCCUCAGACAUGGUGUAGACUCUGGGACUGCAUGUCCAGAAAGAUAAAUCUUUCUCCAUGCAUGUCUGUAGCUCCUAAGGAUAUUCAUAAAGAUCAGCUUGAUGCUUCAGACCAAUUGUUAAUAUACAAAAGGUUCACUGACAUCAAGAUUUUCAACAAGAAGUGAAAGAGACUGAAGAACUCCACAUGAUACACUAUCCAAAGUAGCAGCUGGUGCUGCUGUUUGACUGCCUCUAUGCUAGAAAAUUAAAUGUCAGGGAACUUUGCUGGGUACUAGAAAGAGAUUAUUACAUAUGCCAGGGAUAUUUUACUGAUCUAAUGAUAAACUUUGCCUGUGCUAUCUGCACUUCUGGUUGACAGGUGCAGAUUGGGAGUUAGCAUGGACCAGGGACUAUUCCAAUAGCUACUUGGAAGCAACCACCCUGCCAGUGAGGGUAUUUCCUAGCACGUGUGUAGGCUGCUCCACAACAGCUGGCCACAGUGCUAGUGAAAUGGUUUAGGGAUGUUUUUACUAUAGUUGAAAACUUUAUGUUGAUUGGAAUAUCCUGUAGAAACUAAAUAUAGGAAAGAGUGCAAGUAAUGCCAUACAGGAGUGCCUAUGUCUAAUUAUGCUCCCUGUCACACAGGUAGAGCCUGUGUGCAGUGAGAUUAAGUUUCACAGCAGUUGUGAAGACAGCAAGGCAUAGGACAGGUUUGUGCUUCAAGUCAAGAAUUCAGUUCUUUACAUAUGGUGGAUUGUACAUAAUGGUGUCUAUAAUAGUUUCAUGUACAUAUCUGAGGAUAUGAGCAGUUUGAAAGCCUAAAGCUACAUGCUACCAAUGUUUGAGAAGAUUCCUCAAAAACUGUGCAAGCCUAAACAUGUGAAGCAGUCACCGUAAGUUCAUAGGCCUUUUCUUGAUGCAUAUUAUGGUGUCAUUUUUUUCUGAAUGUGCUGAAGAUUUUGUCUUUAUGUGUGUUCAGUAAAAGCAUGUGUGUGUAUGUGUGUGUCUGUGUGUGUGCAUGAGCACUAAUUUGGUACCUAAGGGCUUUUUGAGGACUCCUAAAUGUCAUGAAAGAAAAUGGACAUUUUAGGAUUCUUAGAAGCUCGUUUUCAGAUGUGUUAGAAAAACCAUGAGUUUACUGAAAUGAGUGUAGGCUAAGAUCUGAAUGGAGCACAGGAAUCCCUGCAGUUAAAUUCACAUGUUUACAUCAUCAUCAUCAUUCACUUGUAGCCCAGUAUGCACUAGAGCUGCUAUUUAAAUACUGUACGUGCAACUUGGUGUUCUCUAGGAUAGAACACACAGAUCAAGCUCAUAAGCUGGAAGGCAAAUUGGUUUAAACAAAUGCCUCCCUUCCUACAUCCCAGAAUAGAUCAUUACAUCCAUUCAGGUGUAGAUUUGACCUGGAGGAUAAAACGUAGUUCAUGGAGAACAAUUCACAACAGAGGGUCUGAUUUGGAUGGUACCUAUAUAGGGAAGAACCUUUACACUCAAGAGAUUUUCCCAGUGAAGAUGGAAAAGUACCAUUUGAAGUAGUAUGCAGCAGUCAGAAGGGUAUCAUAAUGUGUCUUGGGAUAUACAAAAUUAUAUCGGCUCACAAUAAUUAUGAAUGUUUUCUGGGCUCAGCCCUUGCAAGGAAGCAAUUUGGCUUUCAACCAGUCCUCCCAUGCUUGUGGUAACAACAGUGAAGGGCAAGCUAGAAAGAACCAGAGUGAUUCCCAGUAAUAUAUUAAUUUACCUCGGGGCAGAUUUAGGAUCCAUGUCAUUAACUUUUUAAUGAGAUUUUAAGUGAAGCAGCACCUUAAUGAAUAUAAUAACAUUCCCAGAGUUACCUAUAAAGAUGGCCCCCAUAUCAGACAGCUGAAUGUAGCUAUUCAAAUGAUUAAAUAAAGUCUAUGAUACAAAAAUGGUAACUUUUUUCAUAUGUAAUUCUGAAUGAUGCUCUCAUGUAUGCAAACAAUUGUGCCUGACAUUUGGUAAUUGUUAUUUCACAAUAUAUAUUUUAUGUGUGUAUAUAUAUAUACAUAUAUACUUUAUAUUUGCAGCUGACAAACCAGUACUACCUGAAUACCUGGUGCUGGAUAUUACAUAAAAAUAUAUAGCAUGUAAAAAGAAAUUGAAAGAAAACUUUUCAAGGCAGCUAAUUAUGCUUUUACCAAAACAUUCAUAAUGAUGUCUCUGGACAGCUAACAAAAUAAUUGUUUUGUAACAUUUAUAUAUGGAUUUUUUUAAAAAAACAAAAACAUCAAAAAACAAAAAUCCCUCUAGAAACAUAGGCAAUGUAAUACCAGCACAAGGCAAACAUAAAUAGACCAGAUGAAUUUGCUUUGCUUGAGAACAUGGUUGUUAGUGAAGUACUGCAAAAAGCUUGGGAAGUAGAAGAGGACAUAGGGAGAUGUGUAGCACUUAGUGGUGUCAGAAUAUGUGGUGUUUGAAUAUGUGAAAGCUACUCUGGUUUAUAGUGGUUUGAGCCACAUCUCAAUGUUGCAGACGUUGUCUCAGGUAAAACUCCCAGUUGGGGUAGUAAGAUUUGUACUCGGGUAAAAUAAUUUAAUGGAAGUUUCUUGGUGUGCGUUGUGAUAAAUUUACUAUUAUGCUUUAGUGACAUCACUUGAUGAUUUUUCUCCUCUACAUUGAGGGGUUUAAAAAUGCUAUUAAUGAAAUAAUUGAACUGAGCUCCCAAGGAUAUUGAAAGGACUGUCAGCAGAUCACUGGACCUUGAAUUGAAAAAAAGCAAACAAAAAAACCCCAAACCAUCCCCUUUAUAUGAGCCAGGAUUUGUACUGGAGCCUCCAUCCAUUUCAGUUUGAUGCCAACUGAUUCUUUAAGAGCUGUGCUAAAUGUUUAAAAACAAGCAAAUUACCAACAAAGUAAAAAUUCUGUCUCAGUAGGUCUUUAGUCUUAUUACAGGCUUAGAUAAGAACAUGGCAAGCCCCUCUUGUGUAUAUAAUUUCCUGCUUUAAAAUUGGAGUGCAACUCAACCUACAGAUAAUGGGAUUUUGUAUAUAAGGCAUUCUCAGCUGAACUUGUGUGAAGUGCAUUUCUUACUUUGAAUAAAGAGAUUAAUGUUUUCUAUGCUAUCUACAACCGUGAUACGGCUUUACAGAUAGAAAGUCAACACAUGUAAUAGAAGGGUGUUGUUAACAAUUGUAUCACAAUACAAACCAAUCUUUGCUCUCACCUGCAAGUGUAGCAUAAUCUCAAAUUGAUCUGAGAGUUUAAAAUUAAUGUUUUCCCAAUAUUAAUGUCCUACCCUUUCUACUCGGUUCCCUUUCAUUCUUCAAAUGUGGAUGGCCUUACAUCCUGAAAGUUGUUUUCAAAGUGAUGCCCAUAAAGGGUAUUUGGUUUUGCACUGUAUUAAAAAAAUAUAACAUUCUUUUGCAUUCAAAUGUGCCUAAAGAAAUAAACAAAAAAUUAAAAAAAAAAUAUAUAUGCUGCCAUCUUGCAAAUUAGUAAAUUCUGUAAUCCUGUGUGCCUAUGAUUAGAAGUCUGUUUCUUCAGAAAGUGCCCAUUGAAAAAGGAAGGGAUAUACUGCUGGUCACAAGACUUGCAUUAUCAAGCCACUUUAUGUAUUACCUUAUUGUAUGUACUAUGAAACCAAUGCUUUUGUGUGCACUAUGUAGUCUGUCAAUGUAAAGUCCUUUCUUUGGUAUAGGCUCAGCUGUUAUAAUGUAUUUGUUGAAGUAUUCUGUUCUUUCACUGAUGCAUAUGAAAUUGAUGUCUUUGGUUUUGGUGAGGUAUUUUUUUCUUUGUUUUGCACCUAAAAAAAAGUUCUAAAAAAGUCUAAAUAAAAAAAUCUGGUAGGCUACCUGAUUGGUGCAAGAUUUUUA